AUGACUGAAUAUGCGCACAUGAACGAGAUUGUACCCGGACUCUGGGUUGGCGAUCUCCUGUCGACGAAGGACCUCCAAGCUUUGAGGGAUAAUAAUAUACACAGUAUACUUACUGCGAUGCGCGGAAGGAUUGCCAUCAACGAAACCUUCUUGCGACAACAAAUAUUGCUGGACGAUACGGAGGAUGCGGAUGUUUUGCAGCAUCUGAUACCCGCCAUCUCAUUCAUCAAUGCCGAGCUCGAGAAGGGACGCGGUGUGCUCGUACACUGUCAGGCAGGCAUGAGCCGUAGUGCGACGAUUGCAGCCGCGUACCUCAUGUACACGCGCAACAUCGAUGUAGCAUCCGCAAUCGAGAUCCUGCAAAAGGCUCGCCCUCAGGCACAACCGAACCCGGGCUUCAUCACACAGCUGGAGAUCUUCCACCAGGCCAACUUCAGGGUGUCGAAGCGCGACAAGGCCACUCGGAUGUUCUAUCUUGAGCGUGCGGUUGAGGAGGUUCUGAAUGGCGAUGGGAGCGUCGAGACAGAUAUGUUUGCCAAGUUUCCUCGCACACCCUCCGGCUCCGUUCCCAACACACCUGGUGGCGCCGGCCCUCGCCGUCGUAUCCGCUGUAAGAUGUGCAGAACAGAACUCGCUUCGCGCGAACACAUGAUGGAUCACGGACAGCUUGGACCACCCACACCUGCGUAUGCACUUUCUCCAGCGGCGUCUCGUCGUCCGUCGUCACAUCUCCCCGUGCGUCCGCGCACAAGCUCAUCUGGUCGUCGCCCCUCAAUCGAAGGUGGUGUUUUCGCCGGCCUUGCCGCGUCCUUGUCGAUGUCCACACUUGAGACCGACGAUGAAGGUGCGGACAAGGGUGAGAAGACAGACAACGCGGACAAACCGCGACGAUCCUCGAGCACGCGUCAACGUCGGCCCUCGAACCCUAGCAUGUCGGCGCUCUCGGCGCUGUCAAUGACGAGCAUGGCGACGUCUGCAGUCGAUUCAGACGAUGACGAGGAUGAUGUUGAACCACCGCCCGCGAAACCGCGUUCCCUCUCGCGCCGAUCUUCGCAACCGCGCUCGAGACGUCAGUCGGAAACCGGCUCCGGUCUGCGCAGACCGUCGAUUCCUGGCGUGACCGCGUUGUCGAGCUUAACGAUGACAAUGAAGACCCCCACGAAUGGCGAGGCGCCUCCAGACGGGCAGGCAUCGCGCAAGGAUACUCCAACUACAGGAGACUCCGACGCUCCUGCCGCUCCCGCACCCGUACCCGCUCCGCCGGGUGGUCUGCAGAGUCCCGCAGACCUCGCUGCGCAGCUUUACGCAAAUCCGAAGCUCGCUGCGCUGCGUGCACCCGGAGGAAUGUCUAUGACGCCACUACAAACGUCGUCCGGCCAGCGCUCAGACCCGCGCAGCCCGCCGAUUCUCGCAAAUCCGAAGUGUUCUGGAUACUUCGUCGAGCCCAUGGAAUGGAUGCAGUUCUUCCUGCAAGAUGGACAACUUGCGGGGAAGAUUACGUGCCCGAAUAAGAAGUGUGGGGCAAAGCUUGGCAAUUACGACUGGGCGGGCGUCUGUUGUAGCUGCAAGGAGUGGGUCGUCCCGGGCUUUUGUAUUCAUCGGUCCAAGGUGGACGAAAUUGUUGUCUAA